AGAGUAUCCGGAAGCUUCUGGUCCUGGGAGGUGUGAAUUUUAAACCUGGACGCAGGAGAGAGAGAGAAACAGGGAGACAGAGGCACCAUGGUGUUAGACACGAUCUCAAAGAUUAUAAAAGUGCAGCUUCCGGCGUAUCUGAAGAAGUUACCGCUUCCGGAGAGCAUCGGGGGGUUCGCCAGACUCACAGUUUCAGAGUGGCUCCGCCUCCUGCCGCUCCUCGGCAUCCUGGCCCUGCUCGGCUACCUGACCAUCCGGCCGUUCCUGCCCAAGAAAAGGAAGCAGAGAGACUGCCUGAUCAACCUGAAGAUUCAGAAGGAGAACCCAAAAGUAGUGAACGAGAUUGACAUCGAAGACCUGCGAAGCACCAACGUCUGCUACUGCCGCUGCUGGAGGUCCAAAACGUUUCCUGUUUGUGAUAAAUCGCACAUAAAGCAUAACGAGCUGACCGGGGACAAUGUCGGGCCGCUGAUCCUGAAGAAGAAAAUUCUAUAAAUUGGUGUUUAAUUUUAUUAAAAAGGAAGAUUUUUUUUCUUUCAA